GGAAGGCAGCAAGCAACCCCGGAGAGGCGAAUCAGAGACGCAACAGGCAGACUCCCGCGCGGGCUGCGAGCCUUUCCUUGCAUCCUGAACUUCCUGCUUGGGCCGUCGGGGAGCUCUCGGCGAGGAAGGGUUAACCUGGCUGUGCCCCUCCAUUCGGGACGGUCCUGCCCUCCCCCAGAGGCCCUUCCUGGAUAAUCCAAAGCAUCCCCCACCCCUAAUCCAAUCAUCCCACCAGCUCCACCCCACCGUCCCUUUGCUCUUCUUUACGUGGUGGCGCUCUCUCUUUUGCACCAAAGGGAAAAGAGGAAGCGCAUCCUUUUCUCUUUGCUCUGCCACCCACCCACCCCCCCCCCCGGCCCACCUUUGUCCUCUGCAGCACCCCCGCCACCCCCCUCCCCAGAUCUAAAAUGCAGCUCCCGCACUUAGCAGCGGGGCUCCUCCUGUGGACUCUGCUGGUCGGAGGGACGGAUCUGGACCUGAAAGCGCAGGAGAGUUUGCUGCUGAGGUCGCUGGGGCUGAGGACCAAGCCCAGCCCCAGAUCCCUGGCCCCGGUGCCCCCCCUGCUCUGGAAGAUGUUCCACAACCGGACCCUCCCUUUGGCCAGGGGCGGGAAGCCCCCCAACCCCUGCUGGGUGGAAGAAUUCAGCGUGCCGGGGAACAUCGUCCGGGCUCUCCCCGAUCAAGGCGGAUUCAUUCACAAAGAGGAACCCCAGAGUUGGGUGUGUCUUCAGAAGCGGCUAUAUUUCAACUUCUCUGCCCUGGAGGAAGCCGAACAGCUAACCAUGGCGCAGCUGCAGAUCAGGUUAAGCCCAAAUUCCUAUCACGUUUCUGGAUCGGGGCCCCCCUUUGAACUGAGUCUCUAUAAAGCUUCCCAAAUGGCCCUGCGGGGCAUGUCGACCCAUGCUUACAGCCGCAAGCUGGUGGUGGAACAAUCCUUCCUGCAUUUGCACGGCUCUCUCCUCUUUAACGUGACCGAGGUAGCCAAGGAGUGGCGAGCCCCCAGCAAGAACCUGGGCUUGAUCUUGGAAAUCGCCUCGCCCCGGGCAGGCGAGCUUUGCUCCAACCUGAAUUCCUUCCUGGACGCGUCCCUGCUGGUGGUCUCCUUUACCCCCAAACACUGCAAAAGCAGCAGGGCCAAGCGAAGCUCCCAUUUCGUGCCGGCCGGCCUCAGCAACGUCUGCAAACCCCGCCGGCUUUACAUCAGCUUCAGCGACGUCGGCUGGGAGAACUGGAUCAUCGCUCCGCAGGGCUACCUGGCGAACUACUGCCUGGGGGAGUGCCCCUUCCCCUUGACCGAGGAACUCAACAGCACCAACCACGCCAUCUUGCAAACCAUGGUCCACUCCCUGGACCCCGAAGGGACCCCCCAGCCUUGCUGUGUCCCGGUACGCCUCUCACCAAUCUCCAUUUUGUACUAUGACAACGAUGACAACGUGGUGUUGCGGCAUUACGAGGACAUGGUGGUGGAUGAAUGCGGUUGUCGGUGAGAGGUGGGCCUCCCUCCCUCCCCCUGUUCAUUCUGAUUGGCUCACAGGCAGCUUGGAUUGCAUUUACCACAAAUCCUUGUGUGGAUGAGAAUCAGGAGACUGUAGAGUCAGAUCUACGGAUGAGAAUCAGGAGACUGUAGAGUCUGGAUCUACGGAACUAGAGAACGUGCACUCUUAGCCGGAGAAUGGUGGCUCACUGGGCAUCAUCUCUGGUCUUUGGUGCAUCCAAAAAGGGCCUUUCCUAUUGAUUUUAACCCAGUUUUAGCUAUUUUUCUAUCCAGAAACAAAUGAUACUUAAAGUGCUGUUUCUACAAUGAGUACUGGUCUCCUGCUCUUUCAUUGUCUUUCAGACCAAGAAAUAAGACAAGGAACAUUAAUGCGUUUUAACACUCGUAAGUGUUUUGGGUGAAGGGAUUUGCAGAGGAAUGUUCCACAAUUGUUAAAUUAAAAGGGAAAAAAACCACUUGGCUAAAGAUCUCUUCGUUAGGAUUAAACAGGGAACGGUUUCUGCUGGAUUGGAUCAAAGAUCCCAUUUAAUUCAACAUCUUGAUCCCAACCCAAUGCCUACAUCCCGGGGACUAGCCUCCUCAGCUGCUAUUUGGAGGUAGACUGCCUUUCUAUAUGGAGGGUCUGGUUUAGUCUCAUACUUAACCUAACAGCAGCCAGAGUGGAUCCUUCUGGGCCACUAGGCCAAUCCCAAGCAGGAAUGUGAAGGGCUUCCAUAUUUGCCCCCAAUUUCCCAACAAGGAGAUUGGAUUUGGCUUUCAAAUUAUUUUUCCAGAGCAAGCUUGGCCAGACUUGACUCACCCUUAA